AUGUCUAACAUUCUGGAUAAUUUAGACAGCGUUAAUAAGAUAUUAGAGUCAUACCUGGAUGAACUCGACCUGUGGCAGAGAGAAGUAGACAAUAUUAGGAUAAUGCACCAUGAAGUUUGGAAAGGCAGCAGAUUAUCACCUUUGAUUAAGCAACACCGUGCUGGAAGCAGAGUUGAAAAACAGACAAGAAUCUUACCUAUCGGUGGUCAGACAGAUGUCGAUUACAUGUUUGAGGUCGUGGGGAUUAAGGUUUUUUGCAAUGGUAACCGAGAUUUUAUGUAUUUCAAGUCUUGUUCUCAGCAAAACUCAGACGUUGAUGACGAAUAUGAUAUGUCCAACUCAUUUGGAAGGAUUUACGUUAGUGAGGCUUACAAAUCGUAUUUGGAAGGUCAUGAAAUGUAUGGGAAGAUAUUCGCCGAGGCCAUGAGUUUUGACCAAACGGAGAAUGCAUUCUUACUCAUUCCUGGAAAGUUUAAAGAGAAUGUAGUACAAAAUUGUGGAUUAGAUUACACAAGAAACGAAGUCCUUCCUUCUACCAUCAGUCCCUCAAUAUCUGGACAGGGUGCAAUGAAUGAGUACGAUGGAGUUCCUUGUCUCAAACUCGUCAGUUGGCCACGAGAAGCCUUGGGUUGGAUACACCGUGAAAACCGAAAUGACAUAGCUUUUCAAAAUGAGUGGAAAUCACAAGUUGUUGAAAAUAUCCCUCUAUUCCUGGUUCCAACUGGAAACCCAAUGUCCAAGGAACAGAACGUGCAAUUCCGGCUCUCGUUUUCCAUGGUUGAAAUAGCCUGCUUUCAACAAAUGACAUCUCCAAUGAGGAAAAUGUACGGUAUUGUCAAGUAUGUAUUCAAGGCUCUAUUCCACGAUAUCAAUCUUUUGAGCUCUUAUCAUCUCAAAACACUGAUACUGUGGAAGAUCGAUCAAACGCCUAUUGAGGAAUGGAAAUCCAAGAAAGCAACAGAAUUUAUCAUGGAAAUGAUGAAAGAUGUUUACCAAGCCCUGAAUGAUGCUAACAUCCCUCACUUUUUCGUUGAAAAUUGUAACAUUUUUCCGGUCCAUAAAGUCACAGAUGAAAAUGUUCUUGAGUACGUAACCAUUUUUCAGAAUAUGCCAUAUCGGUUGCAAAUGAUUCUAGAAAAUCUCCUGCAAAAGGAUUUGGGUACUCCAACUAGUGACAAGUGGCUCAAUUUAGCCAUGGUCAAGUUGAAAAGUAUUCGCCAGACAGGGUUGGAAGUAUACAUUGAUGGCUACUUGACAAGACUGCUCAGUGUCAUUACAUUCUCGGUAACAGAGAACUUUGCACAGAGCCGUCAGCAGGGAGAAGCUUCCUGGGAAGAGAUGGAAAGGAUAUUUGCCAAAUACGACCACGACCAUCAUAUCUGCAGAAUCGCUGACAUGGCGAAUUCCUGCAUCUGUCGUCUCGAGCCAAGUUCCAGAGUAAUUGGUUCAAGAACUACCCCAGAACACUCUUCUUGUACAGCAGAUGAAAUGAGCCGACUAGUCCAUGAAGCAUUCGAGGCGUACACCGAUGGAACCUUUUCGACAGCCAUGGAGUACAUCAGAGAAGCAGAUUCGCUUCCACGUUCCAGCAAUAAGACAUUAGAAGGUAUUGGAAUUUCAGUUACCAAAUUUCAUAAAUGCUUACUCCACGACAAACCGAUACUUAACGUCAUUCAGAUCCUUGAAAGUGAACACAACGGAAGGUGCCCACGCUUUUACUUGGCUCCAUGUCUAAUGUUACAACACAUGAAAAUCCAGCUGAAAUUAAACUCACUGCUACACAAUACAACAGCUCUUCAGCAAAAGCUUGAUAAGCUCCAAAGUAUCGUCCAAAGACUGUCGCCUACCGAGCCAUAUCCUGGAAGACUCUCCUACAGAUUUGCAGGCGUUUUUCUCUUACGAGGAUACGAACGAUUCAUUCGUGAUCAGCAACUUUCUGUCUCGAUUAUUAUUCCGUCAGAAACAUUUAACCAAAAACGUUUCGCAACCAACUUUAAUUUAAAAUAA